GUAAUGAAUUGCAUGGCUAUCUCGGUAGCAUUUUAAUACUGGGAAGCAGCCGUUUAGAGCCCAAAGCAGUGACGAUAUCGUCGACACGACGACAAUGGCCUGCCAGGCCUGGGCGAUUCGCUUUCCGGCGCGAGUGCAGCAGCCAUGGUGCGCUGGCACUGGCCCCGGGCUUAGGUUCAGGUUCGGCCUGGCACCGACCGAAUUAGGGAGUCGCGGCUUCAGUGUGUCGGCUUCGGCGCGCGGCCCCGGCAAACGCCCCGGUUCGCGCCGCAUGUUUGAGGCCGAACCCGCCGUCCUCCCUAUUACUGUUUCUGUCCCCCGGCUCAAGGUGCCGGCGCCGUACCGCAAGCGGCUACGCAGGUCUCCUCAGCCAAAGCCGGCUGCCAGGGUGAAAGCCAAAACUAAAACUAAACACGAUUCUUCCUCUCCUCAUCCUCAUCCUUCACGUUCGUCUAUAUCCGCCCCAGAGACCAAAAAAGAGGCAGAAACAGGGGCAGAACCGGGGCCAGACUCGACCGCACAAGGCCCCCAGACCCUCGAUGCCCUGUUUCAGCAGCGCAAAUGGCCUCUGGUCGGCGCCGGCCUCGCUGCCCUGUUUGUCGGUCUGUAUGUGAGCAUGCUGGUAACUUCAUAUAUCAAGUCGCCCCCGACCCCGGACCCCAAGUCGCCUCUCGCCUCAUCCGUGCCUGCUCCUACCCCCAGACCCAGUGCUAGCUCCGGCACUGCUCCCCAAGAAGACGCCAUCCCAACCGGACGCCCCAGCACAUUAGACACUGCUGUCGCCGCCGGUUGCCCCGAUGAGGAGCUCCGCCAGACAGCCGAGGCCUUCGACCGGGGACUGAACCUGCCCGAGUGGCUGAUGGGGCUCCGUAGCCUGCGCAGGGAGCUGGCCGCGCGCGCCUAUGGCCACGUCCUCGAAGUCGCUGUCGGCACAGGCCGUAACAUGCCCUACUACGACUGGACCGGCGUCAUUUCCUCGGGCGGCGCCGGCGAGGCCGAGGCCCGAGCCCAGCGCGAGCGCGAGCGCCUCGUGAAACUGCUCGACCAGCACCGCUGGGGUGGCUCCAAGAUCGACCAGGCCCAGUUGCACCAGGUCGGCGUCCUGAGCUUCACGGGCGUCGACAUCUCGGCUGACAUGCUGGGCAUUGCCCGCACCCGGCUGCGAGACGCGGUGCCCGGCCUGAAGCGCAUCAUGCACAAGCGCCGCCUCGAGCCGCUGCCCGAGCAGAGCGCCGCCGCCGCCCCCGAGGGAAGCCUGGUAGUCGACACGCUAGGCGGCCGCGUGCGUCUGGUCAUGGCCGACGCGCAGAACACGCUGCCGCUGCCGCCGGCCCUGCCGUCAUCGCCAGCACCGCCCGCGAAGUACGACACCAUCGUCCAGUCCUUCGGCCUCUGCAGUGUGGCCGACCCCGCCCAGCUGCUCGCCCACAUGGCCUCCCUCGUCCAGCCCAACACGGGCCGCAUCCUCCUGCUCGAGCACGGCCGCGGCUGGUACGACUGGAUCAACCACAAGCUCGACGAGUACGCCGGCCGCCACUUCCAGCGCUACGGCUGCUGGUGGAACCGCGACAUUGAGUGUAUCGUGCGCGAGGCCGCCAAAACGGUGCCUGGCCUCGAGGUCGUCAAGCUCGAGCGCCCGCUGCUCCUGCAGGCCGGCACCACUCUGCUUGUCGAGCUCAGGGUCGCCAGCACGAAGCAGUAGCAGAAGCAGCAGCAGCAGGGUAUCCCAGCGGAGAGACAAUAGAGGUUGUCCAGAUACAAAUGGCGCAACUCCAGCAUGCCUGUAUAUAUAACCUAGCCGGCUGGGUCGAGACAUAGUCGGCCAUGUUACUGUACCAGUCACUUCCUUGACGUAGUAGAUGAUGUAUUAUAUUAUAUUUUAGACAUAAUAGACGAUUCUCGUUUUCU